UGGGGCUUGGCGGCGUUCGUUCCGGGCGCAGCAUGUCUGGGCCGAAUGGGGAGCCGCACGUGGUGGGCGGCGCGGGGCCGGGCGAGGACGGCGGCGAGGACAGCUUCGGGGAGGAAGAAUAUGCAGCAAUAAACUCCAUGCUGGACCAGAUCAACUCCUGCCUGGAUCACCUGGAGGAGAAGAAUGAUUGCCUCCAUGCCCGCCUGAAGGAGCUGCUGGAGUCCAACCGGCAGACACGUCUGGAGUUUCAGCAGCAGCUGAGCGAGGAGCAGAACAGGCAAACUGACAUGCAGGGACCAGAGCCAACCAGCUAGUUCCAUUAGUUUGUGCACAAACUGUGUCUCCUGGUUGAUACUUCCCCAGGGACUUCCACUCCUUGGUUUAAAUGUAAACUUGAACAGAAAAGGCACAUCCUGCUUGCUGUGUCCCCUCCAGUGGUUCAGUUUUCUGCCCUUCCUGUACAUUUAUGUGUUUUCUCUUUAAAUGUGUGACUUAUACUACAUAGGUAAAAGAGUAGGUGUGGGGGAAGUUGAUCCUUCAACAUGCCAUUUAACUCCAGCACUGAGCCACCAGUGUCUCCACUGGAACUAGCCCAUGGGAAGUCUUGUUCAUGGCACAGGCCAUGUGAAAUGGAGUUGGCUGUCCUGCACAGCUGAAACUGCUUGGGGAGGGUGUCCAUACCUGUAUCUUGUAGCCUGUCUUUUCUCUAACAUGGGAAUUGUAAGGUGUACAGUGCUGGCACUCUUCUAGCAAAUAGUGGUGCUGUCCCAGCCACAGCUUUGUUCCUAGCUUUAAUCCUGGGCAAGAUGACAUGCUUCUGCCAGAGGCUAGUGUCCCAGUCAGUCUCCUGCCCUGUAGUUACAGCUCAAUUCUAAUUCACGUUGUCAGUUCUAUACGAGCUCUGAUUGAGAGAGGCUGGUUAACUUCCUAGAGCACAAGACUGACCAACUGGACUCCCUCUUCCAAGAAGAUGUAGUGUGAACUACCAUCAUGCUCAUCUUAAGCUGUAAAUGGGAGCUUGCUGUGACAUUUCUAGCUCUUAUUGGUACAGCCUGGUGCCAGCAUUAUGAAGCAGUUGUUCAUAUUUCACUGCUGGAUUUUUUUGUACAGCUUAAGGUUUUUGAACAUUCAGAGGAACUAUUUAUAAGAUAAAUUGUUUUAUUAAAAUUGCCUUGAGCCUAACCACAA